AUGACUCAGGGAUUUAUAAAAGAUCGGGAAAGGUAUGCUCAGGACAGUGAUGAGUUUUUUCUGAGUCCCAAACCUGCUCUGGUUGACAGAACAGAAACAACAUCUUCGACUCUUGAGUGGGCGAUGACAGAACUCAUACGAAACCCUACCGCUAGGAUGAAGUUGCAAACAGAAGUACGGGAAAUUGUCCAAGACAGACAGGUCAUAACCGAUGAUGACUUAGGGAAAAUGCAGUAUCUGAAAGCCGUGAUCAAGGAAACCCUACGUCUGCGUGCUCCAGUCUCACUACUAGGGCGAGUAACUCGAGAGGACAUAACAGUUAUGGGAGAUCCUGCGUCUUGGGACCAACCGGAGAUGUUCCAUCUAGAGAGGUUCCUAAAUUCUUCACUAGACUUCAAAGGUGCUGAUUUCAAGUUUGCCCCGUUCUGGCAUGGGAGACGAGGUUGCCCAGGUAUCGCGCUUGCAAUAGUAAGCGUUAAGCUCGUGCUAGCGAAUCUUGUGCACAAGUUCGAGUGGAAACUGCCUAUGGGAGCAAAAUGUGAGGAUUUGGACGUGUUGGAACAGUCUGGUGUUAGUCUUCAUAGAAAGAAUCCCCUUCCUGUUGUGCCAAUCUUGAAGCUAGUCAUCGAGAGCUAUGGAGUUUGUGGAGUAAUUCAUAGUAUAGGAGAAGAUAAGCUAUAG